ACACACACAACAAGCGUGGACGGUUUUGCAACGAAUCCAACCGUCCAUUCAGAUACCACCCGUACCUCAUACACUUCCACACCAUACACCACCACCACCACUUCUUCGUAUAUAUAUAUACAUAGUUUUUCUUCAACUUUAGAUUAUUGCAAUGGUCUUCCUUCUUUCCCAGUCCUAACACACUUCUUUUUGUUCAAAACAAAACUUGUUUUUCAAAGCAAUCCAAUCCACAAACCUGCUUAUAGAAAUGGAAACCAAACAAACCACAAGUGUGUACCAAGAUUUGCUGCCAGUGAUGGCAGAGAAGCUCGAUGUCGACGCCUUUGUGUCCGAACUUUGUGGAGGGUUCCGGCUUCUGGCAGACCCUACGACCAAGCUGAUCACGUCAGAGAGUUUGCGGAAGAACUCCGCACUCCUGGGGAUGGAGGGAAUGAGUGAAGAAGACUCAGAAGCGAUGGUGAGAGAAGGAGACCUUGACGGAGAUGGAGCGCUUAGUGAGACGGAGUUUUGCAUCUUGAUGGUGAGGCUCAGCCCCGGGAUGAUGGAAGAUGCAGAAACAUGGCUCAAAAAGGCGCUUGAUCGGGAGUCAGGACGAUGAUCCGGUUAAAUGGUUCUGGUAAAGACAAUGGAUGAUAUAACAUAAUCAUGUGUGAACUAAUAAGAAAAAAUUGUUUGUUCACAGUUGCAUAUAUGAGUAUGUUCAAGUAAUAUAAUAUUAUGAAACUCAGUAUAUUCGCUAUUCAA